UUCCGGUUCCGGUUCCGGUUCAGUGGCGUGUUUUGUUGUCGCGGUGCCUCUCAGGAAGCAGAAUCCUCCGGAUCUCCGCAUCGUUUUUAGCCGCUCAGAUGUACCGAGCCCCGCUCAGACCUCAGCGGAGUCCCGGAGCUCCGAGGCCGACUGGAAGGUUUCCCUCCCCGGUUUCCUGCUGGGGUUUCCCCGGCGCGCGUUCCCCGUACGGAGGCUCCGGAUAUCGCGGAGGUUCUCCCCGGGGCUGCCCCGCUUACUCUCCGCGUUCUAACCGAGGAUACUGGGACGGGUCUCCGGCCGGGUUCGGCAGCGGUUCGCGGGGCUUCGGAGGACAGAUGCGGCACAGAGGGGGCGGUUUCCGGCGGCCUCAGUCCUUCAGUCCCGGCUCAGCUCAGAAGGCUUCAGACGCUUCAGUGGAGAAAUAUUUCAGCCCGUCGAUGCUGCAGGACCCGUGGGCAGCUCUGCAGCCGCAGGCAGACACGCAACAUGACGGCAAACAGGAAGCAACAACAGACGCAGGCAGACACACAACAUGACGGCAAACAGGAAGCAACAACAGACGCAGGCAGACACACAACAUGACGGCAAACAG